CCCGGAAACACUUCACCAAAUUGUUGCGAUGGCAGAAAAUAUGCUACUGUUGACAGGUGAUUUACUCCCAAAUUCAUGUGAAAAGAAACAUAUUUAACCAACACUUUUUUCAGUUAUACUAUGCGCUUAAUAAUGGGAGUUUUAGUAAUGGAAAAAUAACCUUCAACAGUCUUUAAAGUAUAAGUUAGCGCUACCUAGCUAACCACAGUUUUGAUCCUGUGUUAGCUAAGAAGCCAGCAGCAAACCAGUUGUUAAUCGCAAACUAUCAUAAGCGGACAGGACCUGAACCGUGCACGGGGGAGUCUGGGACUCCUGAACUAAAGCCCUCCAGCAUCCAGGAUCUACUAGACUGUGGGAAGGUGACGAGAUCCACGAACAGAGAGAAACCAGGACGUCUGAAUUAUAAGGUACUUGCUGUCUUGGGGUCACAGGUCUUUUCAAAAUGGAUGUAAGCAUUGCUGUAUCGCUGAUUCGAGGUCAGAUGGGCACCGUGGUCGAGCGGGCCGUGAAUGGAGCGGUGGAGACGGUGCUGGCUGAGAUGCUCAAAGUGGUUGGAGUCAAAUUUGAGGAGCUGAAAGCCCAGGUGGCGCUAAUGAAGAGGGACAUCACGGCACUGCAGAGGGAGAAAGCCCUGAAAGAGAAAGAGAACGACAAUAUUCGAGCCAAGCUGCGCUACACCGAGCUGAAGCUGAAGUACUACAGGCAGGGGGUGGAGGAGGAGCUGCAGCAGAGAGCCUCCACUUCCACUCUGGUCCGCAUCCACCCGUCCUCCUUCCCCCAAACACAGAGAGGGGGUUCAGGCCAUACCUCCACCGAGACCUCGCCAUCCUGCUCGGCUCAGACCAGGACCACUGAGGCAGCGCUGACGAGAAGCAGUCAAGUUUUGUUCAAUCCCAAAGAGCGAGACACAGCUGAGAGCGUGGACGCUGCUGUGGCCCCUCCUCCGGUUCUCGCCCUGACUCUGGAUCUGGAGAAGCAGACAGCGACUGGCCCGAUGUCCCCAGAUGGUUCCACACAGGCUGACAGCUCCACGCUGCCCUCUUCUGCUCUACAGGUGAAGCAGGAGGCCCAGCAGCUGCAGCAGGAGGAGGAGGAGGACGAGGAGGAUGAGGAGGAGGAGGAGGAGGAGGUGAUCUGUAUCAAGGGGGAGCCAGAGGAAGAGCAGGAGGUGAUGGCCACCUUACUGUUGGACUGCCAGGUGCAGCAGGGUCAUCUUUCAGAGUCAGAGGCUCAGAGUUCAGUGACAGAGUGGUCAGGACUUCCAGCAGGUCAGAGAAGUCACAGUACAACCUUCAGUUCAGCUGGACCAAGCACCUAUUUGAUGCUCCAGCCGACAGCCUCCCUGCCGUCGAUGGUGGCCUUGCCCUCUGGUAUCCCACCACAUCAGGGAGUGCGGCCCUGGACUAAAGACCUCUAUGAAGAAUACAAACUGCGCAGGAACGAGCUCCGCCGGCGGAGUCUCAACAGACGCAGAGAGCUGGAGAAAUCGCUGCCUCAGCCGCUGCUGGCCGAUAUGGUACGAGAGCGUCGAGAGAAGACCAGACUGAGGGUGGCCAGAUGGAGGGCAAAGAGGAAACUGCAGGCGCGUCUGAACCAGGCUCAGGCUGAAAGUGGCGCUGCAGGUCUUUGUCAGACUGGGUUUCCCAUCAGCAGCCAACACCAGGAUCAGCUCCGAGCAGCUGGAGCCUCCACCUCCAGUAGUCACCAGAGACAGCACUCCAGCAGCUUCCUCAACAAUAACAGCAUCUCUGCCACUGUCCCCUUCAUAACCUCCUCCUCCUCCACCUCUUCUGUGCUCCUCAGAGGCCCCAGCAUGGCCACACAUCAGCACGCUGUGACGUCAACAUCAUCGUCCUCCUCCUCCUACCCCCAGGUCAGCCUAUCACAGCAGAGCAUUUGUCUGACAGACACAGAUAUCUUACAGUGACAUGCAGAAUUGUGACCAUGCACUGAGAUUAAGAGAAUGUAUUAGAAAUAUGUCAUGAGACAGUUGUGUUCAUUUUGUCACUGAAAAGUGUGAUGGAAAAGAUUUUUUUAUGAUAAAACAAGUUUAAAACUAAAUGAAAACAAUAACUACAAUAAAAACAAAAUGAUAGUGUGAAAGAAUAAUUAGUCUUUUAAUGCAAGGUGUUAUGCAGAAUCUGUAGCCUAAAUCCUGAUUAGUGAGUGAGUGAGUGAGUGAGUGAGUGAGUGAGUGAGUGAGUGAGUGAGUGAGUGAGUGUGAAAAAGUAAACAGUGCCUUUUUUCACUUAACCCCUUGAUUGAUGUGAAAUCUGUAACCAUGGUAACAGCUGUAGCCUCAAAAUACCACUGAUUUAAAAAUAGACUAAAAUGAAAUCAGGUGGCAAAAUGAACACUGUCAGCUGAUGGAGCUUAGUUACUUUAAUAUAUGUACAGAGCAAAAAAAGUCAGAGCACCUUGUUUUUGCUGUUAUAUAGUAAAUGUUUUACAUAUAAAUUCCAGUAUCAGUAGAACAAAACAGUCACUGUAAACAUAAUGCAUUCCAAUAACAUUCAGUCUUAUAUAAAGUAACAGUCCUACAUGCAGGAGGCAUAAAUUAUUGAGAUGCAUGUGAGUGUAUUUGUUUUAUGUAAAUACAUAUGUACAUACCUUCCAAAGUAAGUUUGAUGUGUCUGUCUUGUAGAUGUUCAAGUGUGAUGAGAAUGUGGUGUGACAGGGACUUUUUAAAAUAUGGGAAAGAUUAUUAAUAGUGAUUGGUGCACUUUAUUGUUUAGAAACAUGUGAAGGCUGCUAAGAACAAAAAAAAGACGAGAUUGUCCUUUGCAGUUUUGCCAUUUCAGAGGACUGAUGUUCAGUUGUAAUAAAUGCAGCUGGACAUGAGCAGUGUUGAACUCUUCCUUAACAGAUAAUAUGUAUAACUAGAAAAUUCCAGGGAAAUUUUGAGUGCCACGGGGGCUACUGCUGGGAUGAGUACAUGAUUUAUUUCCAGUGUUCAAAAGUCACCCUGAUCAUAUUCUGGUUUUGAGAAAUGUCUUGAUAUAAAAGACUCUGAUAUAAAACAAUGUCACAUCCCUCCAUCAUGUAUUAUGUGGGAAAUAUCUCAUAUUCUGUCUUGUUUUUUUUAAUAAAGGCAACAUGUCUUCAAACUGGCA